AUGAGAGGCUGGCUUUUCAAUGAUCCAAACCCUGUACCAGCAGCUCCUUCCGGCGUCACCACAGCUGAUGGCCAGGGCUCCGCUCAGAGCAACACCUCUUCGCACCAUCUAGGCGACCUGGCCCGUCCAGGCGAUGUCGAUGCCGCCCUUCUAUCGACACCCCCUUUGCAGGCGGCACACAAGAGCAAUAAUUCUGGAAAGCAAUCGCCUGUGCCAACCCAGCACAGCAAAACCAGCGCCAAGUUCACGACGCCAAAGCUUGAAACCCCCGUCGCUGUCGCCAGCCAUGACAAUGCUUUUGUCAUUCAUACCGACGAAACGAACAACAUGCUCGUCAAGUCGCUGGCUUACGAAUGGGCCGAACAGCAGCUCGAGAAGGAAGAAAAGGAACGUGCGGCAGCCCUACGAGAACUCUUUGCACAGAAACGUGCGGCUCUCAAAGCUCAAGAGACUCUUCAGCUGGGGAAGCCUCUGCCUCUGCAGACAACCACCCCAAUCAAGAAAGAGUGUGCACAGACACCGCCUCCUGUCACACUGGACUUCAUCCAGAGGACCAUUCCUGGAGACGGGCCCGUUCUCCAGAAGCAGAAGCGGAGCGCGGACAGCUGGAGUGUCAGCGACCUACAUGACAACAACCAGGGAUCGUCCACCAACGUCAACUGUCAAUCCGUCCAGUUUGGGGGACCCUUGCCCAGAAUUCCAACUUCCGCGUCGCGCAAAAGCCGCCAGGACACAUUCAAUAUGGCACUCAUGUCGGGCAAAGGCAAGGAAGGGGGCAUAUCCCACACGUGGCUUGACAGCCUCGAGCUGCCCGAACCAGCCACCCUACCCAGGGAUUCCAACAGCCACGCCUAUCGCCGCUGCGAUAUUGACACAAUCACUGGGAACAUGAUUGCUCCUGUGGAGUACCCUGAGACCCUGCAAUGCUACAUUGAAGGAGCUUGCCGGGAUGCUGGCGACAUUGGUUGGCGAAGAUGCAACAUGACAUCUGAGCUGCAGAUCAGACGUGAGCUGGCGAGUCGUCAGAAGCUCGGUCAGCAGGUCCAAGAGCUUGUUGCCCAGUCCCAGCCUGUCACGAGAGUAAAUUCCGAAGCAGUGUCAGAGGAAGAUCAGUGGCCCAAUGCGCAUUGCGUUGUGCGGCCGGCGUGUCCAGCGGAUUUCCAACAGAUUGCCGACAUUAUCAAUCUCGAGACCCAAUCAGGCUCCCUCCAUGUCAUCGACUCGAAGCAGGUGUCGGCGGCAGACAUCCACAAGGUCUUUACAUAUUGUCAGCACCACAAGCGGCCAUUCAUUGUUGCGGUCCCCGCUGAAGACGAGCUGUUGGACCCGACCAAAUGGCCAAAGAGCUCGGGUAAGGCAUAUCGAGAGUACCUCGAGUUCAAAAAGGGUUUGCCAAAGAGACUUCUGCCAGUCGUCGGCUUCGGGUUCAUCAGCGAAGCCUUUCGUGUCGGACUUCUGAACGCUCCGUGUCCUGGAAUGCGCUUCUCGGGCCAGGCACGAAUUGUGGUGCAUCCUGAGCAUCGACGUCAGCUAUACGGGUCAGCGCUGUUGGACAGGCUUCUGAGCUGCACUUGUUUUCGCCGCAGUUUCGUCGAUUACGAAUGGAAGUGUGCAGACAGCGCGCACGUUUAUGACAGCUCGCACACGUCCAACGUGCGCCAGUACACUCGACUGUACAUUGAAGUGCUCUGUGAGAGCAAGGAGGACGCCAGCCUCAAGUGGCGAGCCGCCAUGCUGAGCAAGUAUGGCUUCACGGAAGCAGCUCAUCUCCGCCGGUUUGUGCGGACCGAUCGCGGUCCAGAAAGCAAGUGGCUCGACGUUGUCCUAUACGAGUUCGAGGCUCAGCAGAACGUCAAGAUCUGCGAUCGUCGCCCCGGAGAGUACUUGAAGCCGGAGCCCUAG